GGAAUCAAACUUAUAAAAUUGAUUUUAAUAAAGUAGUGAAUAAUAGACUAAACAUUAUCCAUUAUUACGCAAAAUAUUUAAUUUUGACUGAAAAAUACAGCUUCCACAUGAUGUUUACCAGUGAAGCCCUGUUUUGUUUAGUAAUAAAAACUGAAGCUCUCUCUAUUGAGGGUCGAUUAUCCAAUAUCUACGGACCUACAGUUUAUUAAUAUGUUUAAAGAAGUAUGGUAAAAAUCUUCUUUAAAUUUAUCAAGAAAUAAAAAAUCUUAGACUUAUGGUGAAGUAUGGUAAAUGUAAACAAACGGAAUAAAAAACAAUGCCACUAUUGUGGAAUAACUUAUUUGUCUCACAGUUGUUUUGUUAUAUAAUUGUUCCAUAUUGCAAUUGUAUCGAAGUAAAACUUGAAAGUCUUGAAGGAGCAGCAAGACAAAUAACUUGGACAAAUAAUAUUUUAUUGUCGGUCAUUUAUAAAGGAGAUAAUUUUCUUUUUUUGGAUAAAUUACUUAUGAGUUUUAAAAUAUUCUCUUUUGAACUACUAGUAAAUCAUCUCUUAUUACCGAAUCUACAAACUAUUAAUUCAAAUACAGUUUUGUCAGAAAUUGAUAUCAUUCCAGAUAUAAAGAAAAAAGAAGAAAAAUAUAAUUUGUAUAUAAAAACGGUUUAUAAUUUAAUAAAGAUCCAAGAAAAUCUAUUGCGUCAAACAAUAUUACCAUUUAAAAUUUUUUUUGGCAGUAAAUACAAAUAUAAUGAUGCAAAACAAAAUAGAGAAAAUAUAAUAAAAUCUUUCGCCAUAUCUUUGAUGCAACUUGAAAAAUAUAAAAAACAAAAGUUGUGUAAUGAAAAUAAUGAUUUUAAAUGCAAGAUAAUUGGAUUAAUACUUUAUAUCAAUAAUUUAAAUAUAAUUGUAAAAGUAACAGGAGGAUGCAAUGAUUAUGACCAUACUUUAGGUUGUGAGUUUGGUUUUGAAACAUCAACAAAGAAGUAUAAAUUUUAUAUAGAAGAUAUAAAUAAAACUGAAUAUUUUGACAUCAAAAUUAAAGGCAAUGAUAAAGAAUAUACUUUUUCUCAACUAAUGAAUAGUAAUCAAAUUUUCUUAAAAAUUGACGAAAAUAUAAAACAAUCUUUAUAAAUGUUUGUUGUACAUAUUUAUUAAAAAAAAUGUUUGU